GAAAUACACGAGCCUCUCUUUUGCACACGUAACCCAUUAACUUUCUACCUUCAACCACGUAUAUUUCGCAGCCGUCACUUCCCCUUUUCGACUGCAGCUUUGGUUCCACAUUCUCUCUCUUUAUCCGAGUGCGUAGCCAGCAAUGUCGCAGAUUCACUACAAGUUUCGUGCGGCCAAGGACUUUUCGUCGAUUGUGUUUGAUGGGUUGUCUAUCUCGGUGUAUGACCUGAAGCAGGAAAUCCUUCGCGAGAAGCGCCUGGACCCAGAAGAGAACGAUCUGGUUGUCACGAACGCGCAGACCAAUGAAGACUACACGGAUGAGUCGGCGCUGAUCCCAAAGAGCACAUCCGUGAUGGUGCGCCGUGUGCCCUACAAGGGCCCGAAGAUGUCGCAGGGCGGCAAGGGCCAGCAGCAGCAGCCCCAGCAGUUUGGCCAGCAGCAGCACCAUGCGGGCAACCGCUCCUCGGGCUACGGUGGUGGUGGAGGCGGUGGACAAGGCUAUGGCGGCGGCGGCUUCCAUCGUGGCCACCAUGGAAAUAACCCCUCGACCACCACGAGCCAAUACGGGUAUCGCGGGCCGCAGGGUAUCGGGCUCAACAACAGCUACUCGUCCAGCCAAAACAACAACAGCGGGGUGGGGUCUGGAGUAGGCGAUCUAAAUGGGCAGCAUGAGCUGGAGCGCAACCCAGAUGUGAUAUCUGACGCCGAGGAGGCUCGUAUUGCAGCGAUGCUGCAGCAGACUGACGAACAGUGGUCCCACCAGCAGACCAUCAUGCAAAUGCAGCGACCGGUGUUCAACAACCGCGGUGGGGCAUACCGCCCAAGGCCCCGCAUCGAACGCCCUGAGCACCAGGGCCCGCCACCGCCCAACUAUGUCUGCCACCGGUGCGGCAUUGCGGGUCACUGGAUCCACAACUGCCCGACCAUCGGGCAGCCCAGCGACGGCAACACACGCAACACGGGCCAUCGGAUCAAGCGGACCACGGGCAUUCCCAAGUCGUUCCUCCAAAAAGUCGACAAGCUCGAGGAGGGCGGCAAUGCGUUGGUGACGAGUGAUGGCACGCUGGUGGUAGCCCAGGCGAACGAGGCAGCGUGGAACGAGGCGCAGAAGCAGUCGAGCAAGCUAUUCUCGACUGAGUCGGCUGUUGAUCCGAGCCAGGUGCCUGGCGACCUCAAGUGCCCGAUCUGCAGCCAGCUCCUGCGCGACGCUGUGAAGGUCCCGUGCUGCGAUACAGUGUACUGCUCGGAAUGUAUUGAGCAGUCGCUGCUCGAGCCCGGAGAGAAGCACUUUACGUGUCCGUCGUGCAAGGCUCCCGGUGUGGUACCUGACCAGCUCACAUCGGCCGAUGCAGUGCGCACCAAGGUGGAUAAGUUUUUGCGCGAAUAUUCAGCUAGCAAGCCUAGCAAUGAGAACGAUAACAAGACAACCGCGGCUACAGCCUCAAUCGCUGUAGCACCUACGCUGGCUGAUCAGCCAGUACGCCCGCCACCGCCGCCAGUCCAGAUGCAGCCGCAUCCGCGGCGUGCAACGCAGCCCAUGGGCAUGAUGCCUCCAGGGAUGAUGAUGGGUAUGCCGCAAGGAUAUAUGGGCAUGCCACCAAUGGGCCAAAUGCCGUUUAUGCCGCCCGGGAUGCCCAUGCCUGGAGCGCAGUGGAACAAUAUGAACCCGUCAAACAUGUCUGGGGUACGUCCGCCGCUGCCGCCACCGCAACAGCAGAAUAGUAGCGACUACAACACUGGGCGUGGUCGAAACUCGCCCCGGCAGCGGCGAUCACCUGGCCGCAGCCGGUCAUCUGGCCGCAGCCGGUCGCCAGGACGCAGCCGGUCGCGUCGCCACCCCCACCAUAGCCACCGCAGUCGUAGUCGCAGCUACAACCCUAGUGAUGCUGAGCAUCCGGAGAGGCCGGCUUUGUCGAGGCAUGAUGAUAGGGGGUCGCUGGAGGUAGAACCGGCUCAGAAGACCAAUGGUAAAGGCGAGAUUGGAGCUGGAAAUGGCGACGUAGCCGGUGACGCGAAUAAAACGGUCAGUAAAGACUAUGUGCCACCGAGCAUGGAAUCUCCUCAGCCGCAUCGCUCACAAAGCCGCCAGCGCUCAUCAAGCCGCCAGCGCUCGUCAAGCCGGCGCCGCUCCCCAAGCAGGCGGCGCUACCGUACCAGUCGCAGCCCUAGCCGCGAGCGGCGUAGUAGAUACGAUAGCAAUGAGCGAUCGAGGUAUUACGACGGCAGAGACAAGCGUGACCGGCGGCGCGAGUACGAGUCGCGUCGCGGACGGAGCUCUGAGCGCGGGCAAUCAUCUGGUGACAGGGCGCGGAAUAGAGGAGAGCGCAAUACGAAAGACGUGGAGAUAUCGAUCCGUGGGCGGUCAAGCAAAGAGAACAGUGGCAAAGAGUCCUGUGGUGACAAGCCACGGUCGGUUCUAGAUCGGCUGAGGGAUAACCGCGGGGAUGUAGCCCAGGAGAACGGAUCCAAGAGCCCACGGCGGUCGGGCGGCAGGCGCAGGAGCCGUCGCUGAGUAAGAGAAAUUGAAUGCAAGGCACGCUCUUUGCACAUGCCUGAAUAUUUA